CAUGUGACCGCGACCCAUGUGACCGUCCCUUUAAACAUGGCGUCCUCCUGCAGCCUGGAGUGGACUGUCAGAGCCGGGAGGCUGCGGCGGAGGUGGGAGAGGCUGCAGGAGGGAGGACAAGGCGAUGCGGUGUUAUUAAAGGCUUUAGCUGCGCUGCAGAGACUGGAUGAGCGGUGUCAGGAGGGGGCUCGGGGAUGUGACGAUUCAUUGUGUUUGGCGCUUUACAGCCAGGCGGUAUUAGACAUCACAUUCUAUGAAGAAAAUCAGCUGGUGGAUGAAGACUUCCCAGGAGAUGAUUCCCUGCAGAAAGUGGGAGAACUCGUGGAAAUGUUAUCGGAACCCGAAAAUCUGGUGGGAGAAAGUCCCCAGCGGAAUUUGGCUCUUGACAUAGAAGUUCAGGAAUGCCUGCAGUGGAGGCGAGGAGCUCUGCUGUACAUGUACUGCCAUACAGUGGGGGAGAGGGAGAAGUGGGAGCUGAGGGAUCCAAGAAUAUUCCGCCAGUGUCUCCAAGAUGGCGUCUAUUACCUGCAAAAAAUGCUUCAUAAGCGAAGUCCUGUCCGGCUCGAUGACAAAGUUUCAUUCCAAGACCUAAACACAGCCAUUCUGUUGGAGAAAGGGAUCUUCAGUGACAUCCACGCGAUCGCUCUGAUGUACUGCGGGGAGAUGUGUUACUGGGCGCUGAGAUACUGCAGGGACGUGGAGCAGGUGUCGCCCCUCGGAACCGAUUCUCAGACUACAAAUAAAGUUCUUCACUUCAAAGAGAUUGGGGAGAAGGUGCUGGGCACUUACAUCAGUGUAUGUGAGGGGCCCCUGUGUGGACAAGGGUGGAACACAGACAACGCAAAGAAGAUUCUGCAGUACUUCAAGGAAGACUAAGUGAUUAUGUGGAGAUCCGGUCAUGAUGUACAGGGUUAGGGCUGAUAUUGAUGCCUGAGAUUAUUUUGUAGAAUUUCCAAAGGAUUUGACUUGAGGGUGGCGAUACAUUGUAUUCUGAAGACCUAUGUAGAGAUGAGCGAACUUACCGUAAACUCGAUUUGUCACGAACUUCUCGGCAGUUGACUUAUCCUGCAUAAAUUAGUUCAGCUUUCCGGUGGGCUGGAAAAGGUGGAUACAUUCCUAGGAAAGAGUCUUCUAGGUCUGUAUCCACCUUUUCCAGCCCACGGGAGCACCUGAAAACUGAACUAAUUUAUGCAGGAAAAGUCAUCAACUGCCGAGCCGAGAAGUUUGUGACGAAUCGAAUUUACUGUAAGUUCGCUCAUCUCUAGACCUAUGCACCAUUCCAAUGUCUUUACAGAUGCUCUCCAUGCAUUACGGUGCAAAGCUGAUGUGUUUUGGAUUAAAAAAAUAAUUGAA